AUGGCCAGUGAAGUCUUACAGCCUGAGGGGGACGACAUGGCCAGGACUUCCUGGAACAUGCGACGCAUCAUCGCCAUGUACCAGGAAACCUUCACCGUCAUUGAGAAGUGUCUGAAGCCUGUGGUUGUGGCAGUGAAGGGAGCUUGUGCUGUAGGAGUGGAUCUGAUCUCUCAGGAUGCCUGGUUUCAGGUGAAGGCAACGUGGAACAUGAGCAUGCUGCAGACGGAGGAUGUCAUGAAGUCAGCUGUGGCCGCCAUGGAGAAGAAAAGACGAGUUCUGAGGAAGAUUAAGGAGCGCGUGCGUAAAAUUCAGUAUGAAAAAGCGAAGAAGAAUGUGCUGAUGAGCGCAGUCAACGGGCAUAAACCCAUAUGCGAAGUGAGAGACGGGAAAAUUCACCAACCCCUGGACCACUUCGACAGUCAAAACGAUGAAACCUUUCCUCAGAGGUUUUUAGUGAAUGAAGCCUAUUGGGAGCGUCCUCAUGGCCCAGUGUUCCUGUUCAUCGGAGGGGAGGGCCCCAUCUCUGAAUUCGAUGUGCUGGCAGGCCACCACGUGGACAUGGCUGAGGAGCACGGGGCCCUGCUUGUGGCCCUGGAGCAUCGUUUCUACGGCGAGAGCAUCAACAAAGACGGCCUGGAGACUGAGAACCUGGGAGACCUGUCCAGCCAGCAGGCUCUCGCCGACAUCGCAGAAUUCCAUCAAUACAUCAGCGAUCGCUUUGACCUCUCCGACAAAAAUACCUGGAUCAGCUUCGGAGGUUCCUAUGCUGGGGCCUUGUCUGCCUGGCUCAGGGGAAAGUUCCCCCACCUGGUCUACGGUGCUGUGGCCUCCUCCGCUCCUGUCAAAGCCAAACUGGACUAUUCCGCCUUCAACAAAGUGGUGGGUCUAAGUCUUGCAGACGAGGACGUUGGAGGUUCAGCUAAGUGUCUGGGGGACAUCUGGGAGGCCUUCGCUGCCGUGGAGGCCGCCCUGUUUGCGGGGAACGCUACUGAGGUUGGGAAGGACUUUGGGUGCUGUGAGACUCCUGAGGAUCUGGAGGACCAGAUUGAGCUGAUGCAGAGCCUGGCUGACAUCGUCAUGGGAACUGUGGCGUACAACGAGGAGGGGGGCAUCCUGACUAUUGAGGAGCUCUGUGACAUCAUGACCAAUGAGACAGAGACCUUCUAUUCGGAGACUGAGGCCUACGAACGGCUGAUCAAACUGGUGCAGAUAGACCGUGCCACUGGCGAGGAGCCCUGUCUGGAUGUGUCCCACAAGCAGACCAUCAAGGACUUGAGUGACACCAAUCUGGACUCUGCCUACAAUGGAGAGAGACAGUGGUACUACCAGACCUGCACCGAGUUCGGCUUCUUCCAGACAUGUGAGGACACCAGCUGUCCCUUCUCCCGCAUGCUGACCCUGCAGGCUCAGACCGACUUGUGUCCUGAGGUGUUCAACAUCCCCCAGCACAGUCUGCCCGGACACAUCGCCUUCACCAACAAGUACUAUGGAGGAGACCACCCCGACACCGACAGGGUGCUCUAUGUCAACGGUGACAUUGACCCCUGGCACGAGCUCAGCGUCCUGGAAGAGGACUUGGACAAGGAGGACAAAGACAUGACCAUCCUCAUCGAGGGCACCGCCCACUGUGCCGACAUGAACCCCGAUGGGGUCGCAGACCGCCCCGCCCUGAAGCAGGCACGCAAGGCCAUUGAGAGGAAGGUUGCCAAGUGGCUGAAGGAAGCUGCCUGGAAGCUCGUGGGCUGAUGGACCCAAGGCAGGUCACCUGAUCAUCUGACUGUCAUGACCAUCACUCAGCCCAUCAAACUGAUCUGACCUGGUUGUACUGCGGUGACCCCUCCUCCUCUUCCUAUAGCUCCGUGCUCAUAUUACACAUGUACCAUUACUAUAACCACAACUAUGGCCCCUACAGCAAAUCAUUUUAUGUGUGUGUGUGCAUGUGCUUGUUUGUGCGUGGCAAACUUUGGGCAGUGAAUCACAUGGUCCUGUUUCCUGAGCCCAUCUUUUCAUGUUUAUUCCCAUGAUGAUCACAUGACCAUUGGGUCAGGUCCUCUAAGGUUAUUUUGGUGGUUUUUCUAACGUUUUUCUAGUGUUUUUCUUCAGUUUUUCUAGUGUGCUUGAAUUCACUCCAGUAUAUAAGUUUCAGGGCAAGUGGGGCAGAGCCCCACGUGUUUUGAGCCCCACAUUUUUAGCAAAAAUAAAUAAAUAAUCAUUUGUA